AUGGCAUCCCAGGAGCACGAUUCCCCUCUUCGCCAGGCUCCCACCCUUUCGUUUGACCCACUCACCAAUAUUGAGUGGAAGCUCAUCUACGAACUCAACUACGAACUUGACGAUAGAAUGCAAUCUAUGACUUUUCGGCACUUGGAGACAUCGCAGCAGCCGGCCCCCAUGCAGCAACCUCAGAACGGUACAGAUGACGAUAAGGAGCUGGCUGGAAGUGCAGUUGGGGUUGUCCGUUUAGGCAUGCGAUUCCCGACAGAGUAUUAUAGAAGCCUCGAACUUCCUGUGAAAGGCGGUGCAGACGUCACGACCCUUUCCACACCAAUCGAAAUCAGCACAAUGGCGGGGCAAAGCAUCGUAGAGCACCUUACAGAGAUCCGAAAGAGCGUUGACGCCCUACCAAUCAGCUACUUCACUGCCCCAAGCAUUGACCUGGAAGAGCUAAGAAAGGAAAAUGCUGCUGUUGAGGAGGAGCUCCGGAUGGAAAUAGAGAAGACCCGCCAAUUUGCAAAAGAGCUGGAUGAGUACAGACGGAAGAUUGCCCUACGCCGGUUUGCAUCUGCAGACAAGCACGCUACAAAGAGUGAACUAUAG